AUGGCGGCCGUUGCCGGACCGCUGCGCAGGGGGUUCCAGAGCGAUCUGGGUGUGGUUACGGAAGGGCGUGAGCCGCCUGCUUUUGCGUUCGCUUUUGACAUCGACGGCGUGCUGCUCCACGUGUCCAAGCCCAUUCCCGGCGCCACCGAGGUCCUGCAGUUCCUGCACGACUACAACAUCCCCUUCAUCCUGCUCACCAACGGCGGCGGCAAGCACGAGACGGAGCGCGUCAGGGACCUCUCCGAGAAGCUGGGCGUGCCGCUGUCGACCGACAACUUCGUCCAGUCGCACACGCCCUUCCGCGAGCUGCUCGAAGGGCCCGACAGCCUGCGCGACAAGACGGUCCUGGUGACGGGGUCCGACUACGAGAAGUGCCGUGCCAUUUUCAAAGAGUACGGCUUCCAAAACGUCGUCACCCCAGCCGACAUCUACGCCGCCGACCCCACCAUCUUCCCCUUCCAGCCCGUGUCCACCUUCACCGCCCCGUCCCAGCCCCUCCCCAAACCACUCUAUCACCCUUCCACCUCCCCCACCACCUCCUCCGUCCCCUCCCCUUCCGAGCUGGCGCCGUACUUGAAAAUCGACGCCAUCUUCAUCCUCAACGACCCGCGCGACUGGGCCCUGGACACGCAGAUCCUCACCGACCUGCUGCUCUCUCACGGAGGCUACCUCGGCACGUACUCGGCGCGCAACGGCGCCGCCGCGCUGCCCAACCGCGGCUGGCAGCGCGACGGCCAGCCGCGGCUCUACUUCAGCAACGCCGACCUGCUCUGGAGCGCGGCCCACCCGCUGCCGCGCCUGGGCCAGGGCGCCUUCCAGGCCGCGCUCGCGGGCCUGUGGCGCCGCGUCACCGGCGGCGCGGCCGAGCUGGAGCGCACCUGCAUCGGCAAGCCGUUCGGCGGGACGUACCGCUUUGCCGAGCGCGUGCUGACGCGGCACCGGAGCGAGGUACUCAGGAGGUUGGUUGCGGGGACGGCAGCGGCGGCGGCGGCAACCACAACUACAACUACAACAGGGCGGCGGCGCGAGGGCGGGAAGGGAAAGGGUGAGGGGGGAGAGGCCGCCGGCGGUGGUGGCGACGGGUUGACGACGGUCUACAUGGUAGGCGACAACCCCGAGAGCGACAUCGCGGGGGCGAACGGGCACGUCAGCGAGGACGGGGCCGAGUGGGUGUCCGUGCUGGUCAAGACCGGGGUCUGGCGGGAGGGGAGGGGCACCAAGUUGGAAGGGGAGUUCAAGCCGCGCGCGGUGGUGGACGAUGUGAAAGCGGCGGUGGAAUGGGCCUUGCGGAGGGAAGGGUGGCGCGGGGGGGUUUGGGAGGGAAAGAAGCUGAGUUGA